AAAUAUUUGUAUCCCGGACCCGGUGGAUGGAGAAAGGGAAUCUGAAAAGGGAAAGAUGCUGUCACUAUAGCUUCCAAAUUCGAAGAUAGUACUUCACAUCUUCAUCUGAUUGAGGAUUGGAGAUUCAUUACAAGUCACUAGAGACUAUAGACUGAGACGUGUAAGUUGUGACUAUGGACACCAUCACCCUGCUGCAACUUCUUCAGACACACUCACCUGCUGUGGCUGCUUUCUCUCUCUUCUUCUUCUUCCUGCUACUCCGCCUCAGACCUCACAAAUAUAAGCAUGAGGGACUUCCCCCGGUACCAGCGGUUCCAGGUUUACCAGUGAUAGGGAACCUGCUGCAAUUGAAGGAGAAGAAGCCUUACAAGACCUUCACACAGAUGGCUCACAAACAUGGCCCCAUUUAUUCCAUCAGAACCGGUGCUUCCACUCUCAUAGUUCUCAACUCUGCCCAAGUUGCUAAGGAGGCAAUGGUGACCAGAUUUUCAUCAAUUUCAACAAGGAAGCUAUCAAAUGCACUGAAGAUUCUGACUUCUGAUAAAUGUAUGGUUGCCACAAGUGACUACAAUGAAUUUCACAAAACGGUCAAAAGACAUAUUCUUGCAAACUUUCUGGGAGCCAAUGCACAGAAGCGACAUCGUAUCCACAGAGAAGGCAUGAUGGAAAAUAUUUUGAGGCAGUUCGAUGAACAUGUGAAGACCUUCUCUGAUUUAGCAGUUAAUUUUAGGAAAAUAUUUGCAACUGAACUUUUUGGAUUAGCACUGAAGCAAGCUCUGGGAAAUAAUAUAGAGUCCAUUCAUGUGGAGGAGCUUGGGAGUACGUUAUCAAGAGAGGACAUAUACAAGAUUCUAGUGGUUGAUAUAAUGGAGGGUGCAAUUGAGGUGGAUUGGCGAGAUUUCUUUCCAUACUUGAAGUGGAUUCCAAAUAGGAGCAUGGAGAUGAAAAUUCACAAUUUGUAUAUCCGCAGAAAAGCUGUCAUGAAAGCCUUGAUGAACGAGCAGAAGAAGAGAAUGGCUUCAGGGAGGGAAGUAAAUUGUUAUUUUGACUACCUGGUAUCAGAGGCUAAAGACCUGACUGAAGAUCAAGUUUCCAUGCUAAUCUGGGAGACCAUUAUUGAGACAUCUGAUACUACAUUAGUUACAACAGAAUGGGCUAUGUAUGAACUUGCUAAAGACAAAACUCGCCAGGGUCGUCUGUAUGAAGAGCUCCGAGAUGUAUGUGGGCAAGAAAAAGUUACCGAAGAGCAAUUAGCUAAGCUACCUUACUUGGGGGCUGUAUUUCAUGAAACUUUAAGGAAGCAUAGUCCAGCUCCAAUUGUGCCACUAAGAUAUGUUCAUGAAGAUACACAAUUGGGAGGGUAUCAUAUUCCUACUGGAAGCGAGAUUGCAAUAAAUAUAUAUGGAUGCAACAUGGAUGAGGAUCGGUGGGAAAAUCCUUAUGAGUGGAAGCCUGAGAGAUUUCUUGAUGAGAAAUAUGACCCCAUGGAUUUAUACAAGACCAUGGCCUUUGGAGCAGGGAAGAGGGUGUGUGCAGGCUCUCUUCAGGCCAUGUUGAUAGCUUCCACCGCAAUUGGAAGAUUGGUUCAGCAAUUUGAGUGGGAGCUAGGACAAGGGGAGGAAGAUAAUGUGGAUACAGUGGGCCUUACCACCCACAAGCUCCAUCCCCUCCAAGUAAAACUCAGGUGUAGAAAUCAAUAGAUGAAGUUGUGGUUGUGGUACAUGUCAUUUGCUAUUGCUGGCCGUGUAUUUACUAAGAGCACCUCAUAAUAAGUUAACCCCUGAAUAAGGCUUUGAUUAUGUUUGCUAUAUUGUGUUUAUUUUUCAUUAUAAAGUGUAUCCUCCAACUCUCCAUCCGACCGAGCAGGUCAAAUUCAAGAUCACUCACGAAUUUUCUAAGACUAAUUAAGACAGUAAUUUCCAUAA